AGCAUUUUGCACAUUCUCCAGAACAUUCUACAAAGACGAUGGCUUCGAUAGUCGACGACAACAGGAUGUUCCUGACGGCAGAAACGGAUUUUGGGCUGAACAUGCUCCGCCAAGUGCCUGUCAGUGAAUCCGUGGUUUUCUCUCCCCUUUCUGUGAUAUUCGCUCUUUCCAUGGUCCGCACUGGAGCCCAUGGAAAGACCAAGAGUCAGAUCAGUGAAUUGCUAGCUAAAGGAAAAAUUGAUGACGAUGCUAUAACUGAACAUUAUUCAAAUCUCUCAUUACAAAUAAUGAAUGCGGAAAAUGGAGUGCAAAGUAGGAUUGCAAACGGAUUCUUCUUGAACAAGGAUUUCAAUAUCGAAAAGGACUACGCAAACGAAAUCACCGAGAAAUUUUUAGCAAAAGUGGAAAGCUAUGAUUUCACGAAAGCAAACGAGACUGCUAAGACAAUUAACGAUUUUGUAAGCAAUAUCACAGAAGGAAAGAUUCAUGACAUUGUGAAUGCGGACACUGUCAAAGAUGCCUACUCGCUUAUCGUCAAUGCCAUUUAUUUCACCGCAGAAUGGGAAUAUAAGUUUUAUAGUGAAAGCAAUAAAAAGCAAAAUUUCUAUAGUUCUGAGAACGAUACUAGAGAGAUAGAAUUCAUGAAUGAUAUGGAGGAGCAUAGACUUUAUACAGAGGACGAUCACGUACAGGUUUUAUCAUUACAAUACAAAGACACUUCUUAUGCGUUUAAUAUCUUUCUACCAAAGGAAAGAUUCGGUCUCGAAGAGUUGCGAAACUAUUUGGAUGGUGAAAAAAUCGAACAUUUGUUGUCCAGAGUAGAGAUCACGUAUAUAUCGUUAACAAUACCGAAAAUGAAGAUUGAAUCUGAUUACAAGCUCAAGGAUGCUCUUAUGGAAAUGGGCAUUGAUGAUAUGUUCGGUGAUGAAGCUGACUUAAGCGGAAUAGUGAAAUCUCCUCAAUUGAAAGUUUCCGAUGCAGCUCAUAUGGCAAUUAUUGAGGUAGACGAAGAAGGCACCACAGCAGCUGCUGCCACAACGGUAAAAGUUGUCCCAAUGAUGUUGAUAAUGGAAGAGCCGAAAAAGGCCUGUAAAUUGGAACCACGCAUGCUGUCGAAGCAGGAGACUGAUUUUGGACUCGCUUUGCUUCGUCAAAUUCCUUCCAGUGAGAAUGCGGUUGUCUCUCCACUCUCAGUACUGUUUGCGUUGUUAAUGGUUCAAAAUGGUGCCAAAGGAAAAACAAAAGAACAGAUCGAUAGCAUAGUUUUUAAAGGUCAACCUGACCACGUAAUAACAUCAUACUAUUCCAAUUUCAUUCAAGAACUUUCUAGGGAGACAAAAGUGCUAACUAAAAUAGCAAAUGGAUUUUUCCUCAACAAGCUACAUAAACUAAGGAAAGAAUAUCAAGAGACCAUUACCCAAAAGUUUAUGGCGAGAAUUGAAAGCCUUGAUUUUGGCAAAGCAGAUGAGACUGCAAAGAUCAUCAACGAUUUUGUAAACGAAACCACUGAGGGUAAAAUCACUGAUCUUGUCAACGAAGCUGCUCUCACAAACGCUUUCGCCGUAAUUGUCAAUGCUGUUUACUUCAAAGGAGACUGGUACUAUAAAUUCAAAGCAGCAAACAGCAUGCCGAUGGAUUUCCACAGCUCGGAAAACAACACAAGAAGGAUUGAUUUUAUGAACGAAUACGAAGUGCGCAGAGAUUAUACAGAAGAUGAUGAGGUUCAGUUCCUUUCACUGCAUUAUAAAAACACCGACUGGGCAUUUAGCAUAAUCCUGCCGAAGAACAAGUUUGCCCUUGAAGAAUUCAGACAAAGUUUGGAUGGUGAAAAAGUGAAAAAAUUACUGACCAGCACUGCGAAAACUUACGUAUCGAUAGCUAUUCCAAAAAUGAAAAUUGAAACGGAUUUCAAACUAAAAGAGGCUCUGAUUUCUAUGGGAAUCACCGAGAUGUUCAGCGAUGACGCUGAUCUCAGCGGAAUCUCUGAAACAGGUGGUUUGAAAAUCUCAAAAGCACUGCACAAGGCAAUGAUUGAGGUGGAUGAAGAAGGAACCACUGCCGCAGCAGCCACAGCUCUCGUUGCAGAUAAUAUGGCAUUCAUUCAGAGGGAAGAGCCAAAGGAAUUCAUUGCUGAUCAUCCUUUCUUGUUUAUGCUUUCCAAAAAUUCGAACCCAUUAUUUAUUGGACAAUUUGUUUGAAAAUACUGGUCGUUCGUUUCCUAAGUGCUCAUAAAUGUUUCUGUCUGC